AUGGCUGCUAGACGUGUUGAGAUGUUCCUUCUGUCGAGAAGUGUGCAUGAUCUGUACACACUAACCAAGGAGGAAUUAUGUUCAGUGGCUGAGAGGUUUCAAGUGGAGUUGAAAUCCAAGAAAAAGGAGGAAAUGCAGGCGGAGUUGAAAAAUGCUCUUGUGGAGAGGAGCUGGUUUGAAAAUGAUGGUGGUGAAAGUGAGGAUAAUGAUGAGGAGAGUGUAGGGGAAGGUGCUGGGGUCGGUGAGAUAAACCUGGGUGCUUUUGGUGGAACAGAUGGCCUUUCUAGUAGUGAAAAAUUUGAGUUAAUGAAACUUCAAAUACAGAUGCAGAAGGAACAGAAACAGGCAGGAAAUGGUGCUCAAGGCAACGGGGAUUUAGAGAGAAGGGCCAUCAGUAUGCCUAACUUUGUGGAAGGGGAGGAAGAAAACUUCUUUUUUCAAUUUGAAAAAGCUGCAAAGAUGAUGGGAUGGGAUGAAAAUGAUUGGGCAAUAAUAGUCCAGUCUAAAUUUGAGGGAAGGGCCCGAGCGGUAUAUGUGAAUUUGAGUGAGCAAGAGGCGCGUGAUUAUGAAGUGGUAAAGGAAGCGGUGUUGGGAUCAACCCUUCUAUGUCCGGAUGUGUACCGGGAAAGGUUCCGCAGGACGACAAAACGCCCAGGUGAUACUUAUCUCGGGAUGGCUCGAGAGGUUAUCCUUAAACUGGAUCGGUGGCUGAAGGCCGAGGAAGCCACUACGCUUGAAGAGGUAAAAGGAGUUAUACAGAUGGAACAAUUUAUGAGCCAAAUGCCCCUCAGUGUAAGAUGUGAGCUCGCAUCACACGACGUGAAAGACGUGAUGGAAGCCGGACGCAGAGCUGACAAGUACUGUGCGGUCCGUGGGAUGAACGGAGAUGAACACCAUGAAGGGAGAAAGCCAUUCUCCAGCAGAAAUGAUGGUCAUCAGAGAUAUAAGAAUGACAGUCAGAUGAGCUCGACAUCAGUCCACAGAUCAAACCAGCCCCGCCCUAACAACUAUAGUUUUCCCCACACUUACACCAUGCCCCCGCCAGCCGACCACAACAUGAGGUCUGCGCCCUAUGGGAGUAGGCCCAGGAGCACUACCUAUUACCAGAAGGGUAGUGGGGAUGAAGGUGCAGUUAAGUGCCUUGGAUGUGGAAGUAGUGGGCAUAGGAAGUACCAGUGUCCGAAGGGACGGCCGAAGCCAGUGGGAGCAGUUGCCGCCCAAAGAGACCUGAUAAAGUAUGUGGAGAAUAUGAAUGCAGAGAUACAAGAGGAGCCGCCGAAAGAUGAGGGCUUUGAGCACUUCACCAGUAAGGGCACAGUGAAAGUGGAGGGAAGCCCAGAGAAGGUGAUCAGAAUCCUUCGGGAUACGGGAGCUAACCAGAGUCUGAUCUUAAGUAGUGUACUCCCAUGGAAUGAGGAGACCAGCACUGGCAGAGAGGUCUCAUGCAAGGGUGCAGGAGGCAAGUUCAGUAUUCCCCUGCACAAGGUUUGGCUGGACUGUGGAUACGUCACUGGAGAGGUGACGGUGGGAGUGAAGGAGGCACUGCCCGUAGAUGGAGUGGAUAUGCUGGUUGGGAACGACCUGGCUGGAGGUCGAGUUAUCCCUAAACUUCAGAUGGUAGACAACCCUCUGAUAGGGAUGACGGAAACCACCACUCCAGCAGCAGUCCCUCACUCAACAGAUGGGGAGGCAGAGGUGCCUGAAUUGUUCCCAGUCUGCGCAGUGACCCGAGCGAUGGCCCGGAAAGAACGCAUGGACGCCGAGGGAGCAACGCAGGAGGACGAAGGCCUGGGCGUUCUGUUUGAGGAACCUGAUGAAAAAGGAACUAACCCGGAGUGCGCGAGUGGUGGACCGGUUGUAGGUCAGGUGGGGCCCAACCUUGAUUUUCUGGUAGAAAAGAACGAGUUGAUAAAAGUUCAGGAGAGUGAUGAAAGCUUGAAGUCUGCUUGGAAUGAGGCUAACAGGCUGGGUGAGCUUGACAAUGAGUACGUGGGCUACUACGUGAAUAACGGGGUAUUAAUGAGAAGUUGGAGGCCCCUGACAGCCCCAACCUCCGAUCACUGGAUGGUAAAAAGGCAGAUUGUGGUGCCAUGGGUGUAUAGGAAGAAAAUUUUGGAGAUGGCACACGAAGGUAAUCUGGCAGGACACCUGGGGGUCAGAAAAACCCUAGGAAAGAUCCUGUGUCAUUUUUACUGGCCCAGAGUGAGAGGUGAUGUGAAAGAGUUUUGUAAAACUUGUGGUUUGUGUCAGAAGGUGGGCAAGCCGAACCAGGUGAUUCGCCCUGCCCCCCUUCACCCUAUACCUGUGGUCGAGGAACCAUUCAGUAAGGUGGUGAUAGACUGUGUAGGUCCUUUACCAAGGACCCGGAGGGGGAACCAGUACUUGCUGACUAUUAUGUGUAUGUCAUCCAGGUUUCCUGAGGCCAUUCCCCUCAGGAGUAUAAACUCUAAAAACAUUGUGAGGGAACUGGUGAAAUUUUUCUCCUGGGUGGGAAUCCCUAAGGUGUUGCAGUCAGACCAGGGAAGUAAUUUCACUUCUCGUGCGUUCAAGGAAAUCCUAAGGGGUCUAAAGAUUGAACAGAGACUGUCGAGUGCUUAUCACCCUCAGUCUCAGGGUUGUGUAGAAAGAUUUCACCAAACUCUCAAAAACACUCUCAGGAUGUAUUGUGAGGAGAUGAGUGUUCAGUGGGAUGAGGCAUUGCCACUAGCCUUAUUCGCGUUAAGGGACAGUGUGCAGGAGUCAACUGGUUUCAGCCCAUUUGAGUUAGUGUAUGGCCAUGAGGUGAACGGUCCUUUAAGGAUGGUGAAAGAAAAAUGGUUAGGAGUAGAGGAGCCUCAUACUGUGGUGAAAUAUGUAUCUGAUUUCAAGGACAGAUUGAUGAGAGCUAGGGAAAUUGCUCGGGAAAAUCUGAAAAAUAGUCAGAGUGAAAUGAAAGGCUGGUAUGACAAGAAGGCGAGGGCCAGAUCUUUCCAGCCUGGGGACAAGGUCUUGGUUCUUUUCCCAUUGCAGGGUGAUCCUUUCAAAGCCAGGUUCAGCGGGCCUUGGGAGAUUGAGAGAAAAAUGAGUGAUGUAAAUUACAUUGUAAAAACUCCAGGGAGGAAGAAAAAGAACCAGUUGUGUCAUGUAAACAUGCUGAAGCCAUUUCACGAAAGGGACAGAGAAAAUGGAGAUGAUGUAGCAGGAGGAGUAAGAGCUGUGAGUGUUGUAAAUGUAACCACUGAGGCGGAGGAGAAGUGGGCUGAAGUGAAAGAUGCCAGUCAGAAUGGUGACUAUAACUUAGAGAUUCACCAUGUGAAAGGCAGUGAGAAUAUUAUUGCUGAUGCCUUGUCCCGUGCACCACCUAGUCGUGAGGCAUCCUAA